AUGCAGGAAGCAGAAGCGCAGAACCAUCAGGGGCCGCAAUCCAAGAAACCACUUCUCACCGAACACCUAUUAUCGAUAACAAACCCUGAGAACUACAAACUCGCAACUCAACACCUAUUCCUCCAAGCCGCACGUACACAAUCACUCGACAGCGCUCUCCUCUCCCUCUGGCUUUCUCAAGACCGCAUAUACGCAGCGCAUGGUUAUCCGCGGUUCAUCGGUGGUCUAAUCACUAAAAUCCCAUUCUCAUCAGAACACAGUAUAGAUGGUGAAAGAGAGAGGAAGAAUCAGCGAAUCUUAUCUGUGUUGACGUAUUCACUUGAGAACGUCGUACGAGAGGCGGACUUUUUCAUGAAGUCUGCACAGAAGUACGGGCUGAAUAUUGAAGGAUGGAAGGAGCGCGCUGCAACGAGGGCGUAUUGUGCUGAGAUGGCUCGCCUGUCAGGCUGGGGAAGCCUUGAAGAAGGAUUGGUCUUUCUUUGGGCAAUGGAGAAACUCUACUUAGACUCAUGGACAUUCGUCGCUCAGGGUUUACCUGACCGAGCAGCCGCUGCUACUCAGAACAGUACCAACCAAGCGAUACAUGACUUUGCGAAGAACUGGUCGAAUAAGGAGUUUAUCAAGUUUGUUGAUGACUUGGCUGAAUUGGUGGACGACUUGAACAUCGAUCCUGAUUCGGAAUUAGGCGCUCGUGCAAAGAGAGUAUGGGAGAGGGUUGUAGAGCUGGAGAUUGAGUUUUGGCCGCAAGCUGGUGAGGACGUACAGAUGCGGAUCAAUACUUGAUUUUUGGAGGUGGACAUGUAAUGUAUGACAUAAUGAGGAAAGAUAUUUGAAUGUUAGACAUAAAAUAUUUUCUUCAACCUUGAAUUAUU